AUGGCCUCAGAUUCCGAGAAACAGGAGGUGGUUGAGUUCGAGAAUGGGCCCACCGGCCCAGUCUUGGACGCGGAGACGAACAAGCAGCUCCUGAGGCGCAUAGACUGGCGCGUUAUGCCGGUGCUGUGCUUCACCUACGCGCUACAGUUCUACGACAAGGCGCUCCUCAGCCAGGCCGCCAUCUUUGGGCUCCGCAAGGACUUGGACAUGCAGGAUGGCCUCCGGUAUUCUUGGGCAUCCCUGAUCUUCUACUUCGGCUACAUCGCGGGCACCUAUCCUGUCUCGCUCCUGGCGCAGAAGUACUCUACCCGCGUCGUCAUCACCAUCAUCACGCUGCUCUGGUCCGUCGUGGUCCUCUCGACGCCUGCCUGCCGGACAUACGCCGACUUCCUAGGCAACCGCUUCCUGCUGGGCCUGAUCGAGGCCGGCGUGUCGCCCAUCUUCAUGCUGGUCGUCGGGCUGUGGUACACGCACUCGGAGCAGGUCUCGCGGUCGAGCUGGUGGUACUCGUUCAGCGGCGGCUCGCUGCUCGUCUCGCCGCUCAUCAACUACGGCAUGGGCCACAUCACGGGCGGCGGCAUGCAGCCGUGGCAGUACAUGUACUUCAUCGCCGGCGGCGUGACGGCGCUCUGGGGCGUCGCGCUCUGGUGGUUGUUCCCGGACACGCCGCAGCACGCCAAGGGCUUCAGCGAGGAGGAGCGCGCCCUACUGAUGGAGCGUGUCCGCGGGAACAACGCCGGCGCCGAAAACAAGACGUUCAAGUGGUACCAGGUGCGCGAGGCGCUGACGGACUACGGCAUGUGGGGGAUCUGCGUGCUGUCCAUCGUCUCGUGCACCGGGUCGGGCGCCGUCACGGUGUUUGCGCCCAUUGUCUUCAACGGCAUGGGCUUCUCGACGUUUGAGUCGCUGCUCCUCAAUCUGCCCAUUGGCGCGCUGGCAUUUAUUUGCAUCCUCGGGUCUGGCUAUCUGGGCAGGUUUGUCCCGAACGCCCGGCUACACAUCGUUGCCGGAUCCUGCAUCCCCGUUAUUCUAGGCUGUGCUUUGCUAUGGCAGCUCUCCUCAUCCAACCGCGCUGGUCGCAUUGUGGGCUAUUACCUGAUCAACUUCUUCUCGUCCGCGUGGGUGCAGUGCAUUGGCCUCGGCACGUCCAACGUGGCCGGGCACACCAAGAAGGCUGUCUACGCAGCGGCCACAUUCAUCGCUUACUCAGUUGGCAACAUCAUCGGCCCCCUCAUGUUUGAUGCCUCGUACGCUCCCCGGUACGAUCAGAGCUUCACUGGCGUCCUGAUCUGCUUCGUCAUCUGCUUCUUCAGCGCGGAGCUCCUUCGGGUGUUCCUAGCGCGCGAGAAUAAGAAGCGGGAUGCGCAGUACGGGUCUCCGGACGAUGCCCAUGGGCUGGAGGAUUUAACAGAUCGCGAGAACAAGUCGUUUAGAUACUGCCUCUAA